AGCAUAAACAACCGACGACCGACGCGCGGACAUUACACUAUUUACACUAUAGUGUUUAGUACUUUAGUAUAUUACUGCAUAUUACAUUAGCCAUUUACUGCACAACAUUCUUUAAGUUAUUAGUUAAUUGUUAAUCAUUAUUGAUAUUAUAUAAGAUUCCUCAUCGUAAGUACACACGUUUCGAAAAAAUUUUCCGGUUUUCUCAAAUUUUGUAUCAGAUACCGGUGGCUGGGUGUGUAGUAUAAAAUAUAUCAAACGGUCUGGCCCAAGUCAAGAUUUCCAUUUUUGUACCCUUAAUUUUCUAUUUUUAUUUAAUUGCGCUACUGUAGAUUUUUAUUAGUUAUGUCGGAUACGAGUAACGUCAACAGGCUCGAAGAACUCGGCAAAAUGAAGGUCAACGAUUUGAAGAAAGAAUUGAAAGCAAGAGGUUUGAGUACAGUUGGAAACAAACAAGAACUCAUCGAUCGCAUGAUUAAUCAUUCAGAAUCUUCAGUUUUAGAUAUCGAGGACACCGUGCUGGAUGAGCACGACAUUCUUGAUGAAGAUGACGCGUUAGAAGAUGAUUUGGGUUACUCCGAUAUUGAUGAAUCAAAAGUUCUUGGUGACAUUGCAGAGAAAGAAGAAAACAAUGUGGAAAAUGGCAAUAUUCAUGAAGAAAAAGAGGUUACACAGGUAACACAACCUAAAAAGGUAACAUUAAAACGUACUUCUGUAACUGUGUUGAAUGGUGAUGGUGUUAAACCACAAGAAGAAGAGAAAAAAACUGAAGACAUUGAAGAAUCAGAUGGUAAGGAACGUAUCAUCAAAUUAGAUGAAGUCGAAACUAUGAGUCAAAUCGAGAGAAUACAAAUGAGAGCAAAAAAGUUUGGAGGUGAAGUGUCGGAGGACAAAAAAUUAGCCCGACUAAUUAAAUUUGGUGCUGUAACUGAUCAAAAACCAGUAGCCAAUGCUGAUAAUGACAAAUUAAAAAUGAGAGCUGAGAGAUUUGGUGAAACCGUUUCUAAAACUUUGCAUGAUAGCGAAAAAGAAGACAAACUCAAAGCACGUGAGCUUCGUUUUGGUUCAAUUGACAAAACUGUAUUAACAGCUAUUAAGAAACGCACUAAUGGCGAUGUUGGAAAACAGAAGAAUUCUAGAGGUGGUAAAAGAAGUUUUCCAUACAAAAAACGGUAUUAAAUUUUUCUUGUAAUGUGUUUACAAAUUGACUGUAUAUUAAAUUUUUUAUAUUGAUUCCCACUAUAAUCAACAAUUUCCCCUUAAGUUUUUUUUAUCUGUAUCAAAAUCGUUAUUAGUAGUGUAUCCGGAAUUAUUAUAAUGAAAUAAAUAAAAGGAAUUUGUACAUUCCUUUAUUAAUCUGAAAACAUUUAAAUUAAUUUAGUUAUACUACACAAUAAAAUCAAAUUUCUUUGUGUGUUUGAAAUACUUAAACUUUAGAAAAAAAUAAAAAUAAUAUAUAUAAAUGA